AUGGAAACCCAAUUCGAUGAAGAGAUCAAGCAGUUCUUUCCCUUCCCUCCAUACAAAAUUCAGCUGGACUUCAUGAGAACCCUGUACAAUGUAUUAACAAAAUCAAACCUAGCGAUUGGCGAAGAGGUCCGGCCGGUGUAUGAAAUUAUUCAGAAGAACGAGAGCCUUCAAAAGAUGGUGCUAGAAGAGGUGGACAGCGGUCUCGACACGUUUAAGGGUCAGGUGUGUGAAGGGAUUAGUCAAGUGGGAGAGGAAGAUGGGGACCCCCCCCAGGAUCAUAUCAUUUCAGAAAUGAAAACGGGUUCUGGAAAAUCACUCAGCCUGUUGACACCACUGGUCUAUUGGCUGCUCAAACACAAAUUUGAAUUCUUCCUCUUGAGGGAAGACACGCAUCUGCGGAAGGAAGAACCCGAGUGGGUGAAAGAAUCCGUCACGGAGAACCUGCUGCGAAAGUUCUCGCGGACCCAAAAAGUGCAGAAGAAAAGGAAAGAGGAAGACGUGACGAUCCUGAACCGGUACUUCUCCAUCUGUGAUGACAAAAUAACGUUGAAGGAAAAUUUAAGAGUGGAAAAAAAACAGGCUCAAGUGGAGGCGCACAAGACGACAGGGGAAUACCACUUUGACCCACAGGCGGAGGAGGAUAACCUGAGCGAUUGCUCUGUGGAGGGGCCAUCCAAGAAACAGAUCUUCAUUUGCAGCCGAACGCAAUCACAACUAGACCAGUACUUUUCAGAGCUGAAAAAAAUUGAACAGAGGGUGGGGAGGGACCUACCCAUAAACAUGGUCAUCUUGGGGAGUAGGAAGCACCUGUGUGUGAAUGAGCCAUUUUUGAAGAAGUACAAAAGUGUGAACGAGCUGAACGACUGCUGCCGGAACAGCGAUUGUAGGUUCAAAAAAAUAUUUAAGCAAAACAUGCAAAUGAAAAGGGAAAAGAAAAAAAACAAAAUCUUUUACGACUCACCAUCAUCGAGUGGAAGGAGUAGUGACAGAUCGGACGAUGAAGGGAAGACGAACCGUGUGGUGGACAACUACCGUCUAGUGACAAAAUUGAUCCAGUGCAAAAAUUUAAAAAUGAAUCAAGUGAAGGAUAUAUGCAUGAGUGAUCAGAUAGAAGUGUGCCCUUAUUACCUGAGCAGAGAAAAUGUAAAAACCGCCGACAUAGUACUUGUACCCUAUGUGUGUAUUCUAAAUGAACAUGUUAGAAGGGGAUUAAAAAUCUCCAUUAAAAAUAACAUUGUAAUAUUUGACGAGGCACAAAACAUAAUAGAUAGCGUCAACGAUUCUAAUUCAGCAUCCAUCGCAUAUGGUGACAUCCUGUUUUGCAAAUUGAUUCUGGAAGAGUAUUCAAAGAAAUACCAGCAGGUCUUAAACAAUAACAAUUUAGUUUCAAUUAAACAGGUUGUCAUUUACUGUGAUUUGCUUUUGUCUUCCUUCAGAGACGUUAAAGAGAACCUCGUAAAAGUGACUAACUACAUGUUGACAUCUAAGUUAGAUGCACUGAACCUAAAUAAUAUUUCCAACUUUCUUAAUAACUCUACCUUUUGCAGAAGAAUUAAAAUUUUUGCAGAAUCAUACCUAAGGAAAAACUUCCCACAGCAUGUUAAAAUCGUUUCAGCAAGUGUCAACACGUCUUGCAUUUAUCUGCUCAGCGAUUACACCAAUAAAAUGAUUCGCUCUAAUCGGUACGACUAUGUGUUUCUACAUAGGGCAGGCCCAACGGAAGAGGAACCGCGUAAUAGAAUAUAUAAAAAUGGGGAGGGACUAAGCAAAAAAAGGAGUGGUCUCUCUGCCGCUGAGGGGGAGACACACGUGGAAAGGUUGAAGCGGGUGAGGAAGGGGGACUCUGUGAAGGUGCAGCAGCAUACACCAGAGGAUACUCACCAGAGUGAUGCUGCGAACACGUGUAGAGAUGGCCACACGGAUGACACGAUGAGUGCCUUCAUGGAAGAUGUAACAUUGAGGAGGAAUCCCCAAAUGCUACACAGAUUAGAAAUCGUGAGUGUGAGCUCGUGCACCAACUUUGAACAAAUUACCAACCAAUGCAGUAACGUCAUUCUAAUCGGAGGGACUCUGCAACCGAUUGAAGAAUUCCUCCUCCUCUUCAUGACACGAAAGGAAAAAAACAAAUCUGUAAAGCUGUUCAUGUCAGAUUACAUAUUCAAAACGAGUAACGUGUUUUGUAGAAUUGUCCGUACCAACCUAGUGACCUAUGAACCCAUCGACAACACCUUUAGAAGCAGAAAUAAAAAGACACAUCUGCUCAAUUUAGCUAUUCAGAUUCACCUGCUCACUUUAUAUGUUCGGUUUGGCAAUAUCGUUUUUUUCUCUUCGUACAAAUAUUUAAAAGAAUUUUUUAUCUUUUUACACAAUGAAGGUCAGUACGUCUUAACAGAAAUGAAGAAGAAAAAAAAAAUUUUUUUCGAGGAGAAAAAUGGCGACAGCGAUGUGCUUAGGGACUACAUGGAGAGUGUAGACAGGAUAAAAAAUCAGCAGGAAGAUACUUCUAUAAAAAAUGGUUGCAUCCUUUUCUGUGUAAUGAAUGCAAAGUUGAGUGAAGGAAUUAACUUUCACGACUACCUAUGCCGUAACGUUUUGCUUGUUGGCAUUCCCUUCUUCAAACAUGAAAAGGGGACCUCUGCUACCUCCACUGGGGACCUCCCCUUGGACAGGAACUCCCUUCGUUUGAAUUACUAUCGGGCCUUCUCCGCUGACGUGGCACGAGGGGCAGAGGACGCGGCCUCGCCGCCCUCGUCGCAGUUGGAUCACCUAAUCAGCGACAUGUGCAAGACGUACGAGCUCAAGUGUGCCAUGAAAAUUGUAAACCAGUGCAUAGGAAGAAGCCUGAGGCACGUGAACGACUACUCCUCCUUCUUCUUCCUGGACUACCGAUUCGCCAACAAAGAAUUUUCAGACCUCCUCCCUUCGUUCAUUAGAGCCCACGUGGCGUCUCCCAAGGCGGAUGCUGCCCUAGAGGAACAUCACAAGCAGGACCAACACGGACACACGUUCUUGCAGGAGAAAAAAAAAAUGACAGACGUGUUAAAUGACUUGAAGCGCCACUACAGUAGGGCCUUCCCCGACAUCCCCUUCGCGGAACACAACGAAGGACACUGGGGAAGCUUCACACGGGACGUGUUUCUUCUGCGCGAGUUUCACAAGGGCAGGUGA